CUGAAAAUAUCACCUUGAGCACGGAGUCAACGUAUGGGGGGAAUCCGAAGUAUCUGGCCUUCGGUAAACGGAGAAAACAGCGUAACAUCUCACACUCCAAGGUUACAGCGGACGAUUCAGGAAUCCGCUCUCACGUGGCCAGGUCAAAGGUUAGCGACCUGUGUGUGACCCGAAGACGUCAGAAGAAUGUCGACAAUGGGACGCCGCUUGUCGUGGAGCCGGUGGUAAACGGGACCUGCCAUGCUGGGCCAGCCAACCGCACAAUGUGGACGGCAGUAUCCUCCCCUGCCAGUGACGCUCUCCAGUGCCUCUGCAUGUGCAUGGAGAAGGAGCACCUCCUGACAGCCAUCUUAGAGAGUGGGCGCUGCUAUUGUGCUCCCGGCGCCUCCCAGCUGGGGAACGUCACAGCACAGACCACAUGGCCGGCUGCAUGCCCCAUGGGCACGGACCGGGUCUCCUUCAGCGUCUCACAGCACGUGGAGGCCCUGAUGCAGUACUGCCGCUACAGUCCUCUCACAGGGAGGAAGUCUCUCCGAAUUGGAGACACUGGUAAAUAUACGCAAGUUACAUUUUCAGUAUUCGACAAUAUAGCCAUGACGCGGCUAACGUCAUCGGAGAGCAACGUUGCAGCACUCCACACUGGCCGCAACGUGCUAGGAAGGACAUCAACCGUGCAAACAAUCCAUCAGAAAAAAGGAACCCUCGCCACCACCCGAGAGUGCAACCUUCGUAAAGGGCCAACUGGAUGGGACUUUCAUCUUGAGGUGCUCGAAACAUCAACGGUUGACUACAUUGAACGAUUUGAGCUUAGUAAGAAAGAUGCAAUGAAGAAGAGGACUUACGAACGAAUUUCCAUUUUUCUGUGAGUCUUUCACAGAAAAAUGUGGGUCGUACUGCAUUCGAGACCCCUCCCCCUAAAUCCCAAACAUCCAAGUCUACCAAUUUGGCAUCUUUAUUUCGGCGCGAAUCAAUCAAACCCUUCGAGAAUGGGUUAACGGCCGGAACAACAAUGUUUAAUAAACACCUGCAAUUACACAACAACGACAACGACAUACAGCACUGGAUAGGGAUAAAUAUGAUGCCGUGUUAUAAACAAAUUGUUGAGUUGAAAUAAAUGAAAUAUUAUUA